AUGCGCAAACGAGACAAGCAGCAAAAUCGUACCGACCCCAAAUCCUGGCGAGCGAUUCCGUACAUCAAGAACGUCUCCGAGGCCGCUAUUCUCCUUCUCGAACAACUUGGGGUUGGAGAUGAAAGCAAAACCGGAGGCCACCAUAAGGCGUCAGGUGAUGAGACCAAAAAACCCACUGCCACGGCAAGAAACGUCUGGAGAUAUCUGGUGCAGUUGCGGGCAAAGCAACUACAUCAGGGAAACCAGAAGACUGGUCCGGACGCGAAUUGCACAACACGCGGCAGCGGUGCGGAGAAAUAACGCCAACUCUCAGGUCGCAGCCGAUUCAACGAAACCCAGCCACACAUUAAAUUUCGACGAGGCCGAAAUUCUCGCUAGAGUUGACAACGGCGUGAGCCGUGAUUUGCUCGAGUCAUGGCUCACGUGACCUCAGUCUGUCAACAAGCGUAAUUACCUUCCCCUUCCAUACUCCGUACUGAGACUUCGCCUGGGCGGAGUAAUUAGCCACGCGGGGAGCGCAUAGGCGAACACUGGUCCCGACGCCAAGGUCGGUGGGUCAGAUGGUCGAGCAAUCAUCACAUCAACACCCAACACCCGUGAUGAAAUUGCAGGUAUUAACGACGCGAAUGCUGGCCAUCAAACUGUCAUCAUACCAAGUGCAACAAUUUCUGAUGGAGGGAAGGGGGGAACCGUGAAGUUUCAAAGGUGUGUGGUAGCAUGACAAUUGCAUCCUGUGAAUACUGCAACUUCCUGCGCACGAACCACGCAUUUCUGACACUGCCUCUGAUGAUGGGCUCAAGCGAGAAUCCGAAACGUCAGACGUAUAAACUCCUUGUUCCAGCGAUCGCUUCUUCUUCUUCUUCGUCUUCUUCUUCUCAUUAACUAGCUCCUAGAACCCGCGACUUCACUUGUAUCGGCAGGUUGUCUUACCUUACCAACCACUUCUCCAAAUUACGUCUCCAGUCGUCUUGGCUUCAUCUCUACAUCGACUUUAGGUGUCUGAGGGAGGGGAGGGUCCAAUAGAUGCAGCGUAAGUCCACUGUCAUAAUAAACUGAUUCAUACGCAAUUCAUUGUCCCUAUGCUCAUGUGGGGGCCCUACUGCGGGUGCCGGUCUCAACCCUGGGUCUCUCGCGGGUGUCUGCACGAUCUCACCAGGGCUGUCUGGCGCUCGCCCGCUCGGCUCUCCAACUGACCAAUCAGAUUCGAGGUCGAGUCAGAUGUGUCCUGGCUUACGGCGGUUUGACGCAUUCCCUAACACACACUGGAGACGCCACUCGCCCGGCGCCGGACGUGCCCUCGUCCGGCUGCCAACUCCUUCACUUAUUCCGUACGGAAUAUACGAUCUCCAAAAUGGCUCCCCUCUUCUUCUCUUUCCAUUCCGCACCGGGCCUGAAGGUAGUGGUAACCAGGGUCUCACUCGCGGCCUAGCCUAUCUGCGAUACCCGUUUUUCCGUGGGGCAUUAAGUGGAAAUCGUCGAUAUCGACGGUCGAAGUUUCGUAAAAAGACAUUAAAACAAAACAACCAGUGAGCUGGCUAAGCGAAGUGUUCGGCUCACUUAUCGGCUUUAGGCAGAUCUGCAACACCUCUGUUCUCGUUUCAUCGCUCUACAGGAAUCCUAAAAAUACCGGUGUUCGGCUAACGUUUUGUGAAUUUCAGCAAGUUCUUGGGUGUCCAGUGGCCUAUUCUGCGGUCGCUUGCUCCUGCCUAGGUAAUAGACCCCAACCUGACUGAAGGACUCCGUCAUAGCUGCCUUAUCUGUGUCAAACUAACUGACCUAUCACCGCAGAAAGCCAAUCUGCGAAGUUGUUUGUGAAGCUGUAGAGGCAGCCAAUCAACGACUGACACUGAAUUGCACAAUCGGUUUUCACGGAACAGCAGUUGUUUGUGGUGCGGCAACCGGCACGUAAGCUCUAGUCUUGCAGAUACUUGCUAAUCCAUUUUCUUUAAAAAAACUGAACACUUUUAUGUUAUUUUACGCAGAAACGCUCUGGAAGGAAAAGGAAAAUUAAAGUUUAGGUGAUAAAUGUGGAAUGGAUCAAUAACCAGAUUCUUGAAAAGUGUUUGAUUGCCAGGAGUGCUAUUGCAAGGGAUCUAUAGCAAUUCGAUUUCGGAAAGCACUUUGAGAAUGCGCAUAAUAGGACAAUCCUGCGCCUUGGUAGAGGGGCGCUCACCGAUCGUUCUUACGGAUCUGACUCGUUCCGUUGUGGUUCACGGGCUCUCCCUCUCGAGCCCAACUAGCAGCCGCACGGCGCGCAUAAUAUAAGCAGUAUGUUAUUACCGACAAAGACAAGGGAGACUGGAACGGCCAUUUCUGGCUUAUUAGCCAUCGUCAGCCAGUCAUACCCAACCCCGAAGUGUGGCACACCUGGGGCUCGAAUUCGCGACCUGUUAGUUGGAAGUCCAACGCAUCUAACCACUAAUCCACCGCAUUUUAUAAAGGCCUCCUGGAAUAGUUUUGUGAAGGCUAGACAGUACUGUUGAAAUGGCACACGAUGCAGUCCGUCCCUAUGUAUCAGUAACCUGAAAGGUAUGGGAAAUGAGGUUCCCAGGGCUACUUUACCUAGGAUCUCAACUGGCAGUUCGAUCAUCGCGAACGACGAUGUCCACGAUGUGCCUCGUAGCAUGGCGGGGGUGCAGGAUCAUGGCUUGCGAGCGAAUAAGUUUACAAUGGUGACGGACUUGCGUAGCAUCUGUCGCACUCUCGCUCUCUGUCCUUCCUCACCCUCCUGGGCCCGACGGCAGAAGGGGUCAGGACAACCGGAGGUGGGAUCAGGCGCAAGGACCACAGUUGGCAGAGUUGUUUCUGACUUUGCAUGAAUUUAGGCAUGUAAAUAUGCUGACUAACCGCAGAAGCAACUGGCAUCUAGAUCAGUUGGACGCACGCAUUAAUGACUCCGAAAAACGGCAAUAAGGACAUCCUGUUGGGGGACAGUCUGUUUGCUCAAAGGGGACUUUUGUAGACCUCAUCGGCACACAAACAGCUCCAGUAUGCAGCAGCAAGAGUACGCGUACGGAGGGUGCAACCGUAUUGCCAAUAAAAGCGAACAGACGAGUCCCAGAACGCAGUCCUAAAGGAGACACGCUCGUGUCUCCUUCUUCACGGUUUAACCGUAUAUUGACAAACAACUAGUUCUCCUGUAAGUUGAAGUCUUACUCUGGAGAUUAGCGUAUUUUAGAAAGUCGUCGAUCUGCUUUGUCUCUUCGCAGUACGUGAGGAGAUGGGGCGUUGUGGGCUGCGAACCCGUCGAUUUCCGUUCGAAGCUGUCGCAUUUCACUCAUUCGAUUUUAGUGUCAUGAAGCAGAAAGUGGUGUCUUAGAAGUUCUGGCAGGUCAUUUUGAGUCGGUCCAUCCUGUUUCCUUCAAAAUAUGCGUAUUACUAAUGCACGGCUGAAUUAUUAAGUGCGGCUUUGAAAUCCUGCGUGAAUCCAGGUACUGCCAAGUAGACUGUUGUCAAAAGAACCAAUUUUUUGGUGAUAGGGGACACUUACCGGUCAAGUUACAGAACUCAUUCGUCCACCUGUGCCUUUGGGUUCUCUUUCACUCUCGAGCCCUGCCAACAACCGCACAGUGUACGCGUAAUAUAGGCAGAAUAGCAUUACCGACAAAGACAUGAGAGAAUAGAAUGGCCAUUUCUGGCUUAUUAGCCAUCAUCAGCUAUUCACACCUAACCUCGUGGUAUGGAAUCCCUGGGGCUCGAUCCGCGACCUGUUAGUUAGCAGUCCAGAAUUUGCACACAUCGGGGUUGGGUAUGAAAGGCUGACGACGGGUAACAAGCAGGGAAGGCCGAUUCCAGUCUCCCUUUCCUUCUUGGUAAUGCUAUUCCGCCUGCAAGAUUUGUUAUUCAGUCAGAUAUCUGAGGCAAAACGGAACGAUUGAGUUCCGUAAGAACGGUCGGUGGGCGUCCCUCCACCAUUGUAUAUUCCAGAUCAAAACCGACAGGACAACGAGUCCGUGGCUCAGUGGUUAGAGCGGUUGGACUUCUAACUAACAGGUCGCGAGUUCGAGCCCCAGGCUUUCAACACUUCGAGGUUGGGUAUGACUGGUAGACGACAGAUAAUAAGCCGGAAAUGUUCAUUCCAGUCUCUUUUUUCCUGUUGGUAAUGCUAUUCUGCCCUCAAAAUGUGUUGUUCGGUCAGACGUCUAAAUCACUCUGCAAUUUGUAUGCCACCUAAAACACUUUUGCAGCUAAAGAGGACUGGGGGAACUGAAGAACAGCCGCAACGCGUGUACUCCCAGGCUCCGGUAAUAUGGAUUAAUUGUUAAGCUGACGUGCGUGUCCACCAUAGCUGAUGUUGUAGGACGAUCAAUGAAAAUACAAGAGGUUAACGGUGCGAUCCCGUCUGAGGAUAAACGUUUUCUGACAUUCCUUAUCGUUCAUUGUCCAUUGUCUUUUUCGCCUAAAAUAUGCUCUAGUUAGCGAACCAACUACACAGAGUGAAAAACUCGGACUAUGCUUUACUUUGGAAGAGCACAUUUAACGAGUCAAAUAGAAAGUAAGUCUCCUAGGAACGUCUUCUGUUGAUGAUAAAGUCGAGCGUCGGGGGGAAGAAAUUUAUUCAUCCGAGCAAUCGGAGCAGUUUCCGAAGUUUGAUCGUCAGUUCCUCAGUAGAUUCGUCUGCGUAACUCUGCUAUCCAGCACAACACAGUCAAGCCCCGCGCCUGACGGCUGCUGUGAACGUUGACGGAGAUAACAACAUUCACAGUCAGUUAUGACUAGUGACAGACUCGAGAACCAGUCUGGUGGUUCAGAAAAGUAGAUCAUUUUUCAGUGGACUGACUGCCCAAGCAGGAGUUCUUAAGUAAUUCAUCUAGAAUCCACCAGAUGACCACCAGGCUCACUUAGUAAGUAGAUGUUUUGGCAGAUCUUAAAUCAUUCAUUUUGACCCAACGGCUGACAAAAGAUCAGAUGGCUCAGCAAAUGCGCUUCGCUUGGUAGACGACUAGGAGUGGGGGGCGGGGAUCGAUAUUUUCACUCUGUAAAGGUAGAGGCGACUUGGUGACUUUGAAUAAUGUUCGCUGGGGUAGUGAUGGCGGAUAGAGCGUAAUCGUAGGACGAUCGUGGAGGUGUUGAUCACAAACUUUUAGGAUAAGUAGUACUUUUGAUCUAGCGACAAACACAGAUCCCGGUAGAGUGCCAAGCCUCGAGAAAUUGUCACGAGCAUUUAGUGUGGGCAACACUAGUAACUUCAGUGACGCCCAAACUGGAGCACUUGUCACUUUCGGAGGAGCCCUCACCGGCACAAAAUCUGUUCGCCUUCGACAAGGCGAGACGUAAGGUGGAAUAUUAAAGUUAAAAAUUCGAUCACUGGUAAAUGAAGGGGAGGUUUUUAUUACAGCUCCCACUAGGAUCCAUUGAGGCCGUAAAAAAACACAUAGGAAGAAACAUGGCCAUCCACCAAGUACUGAGUGAGGACCUCAGGAAGGUUCGCGUGAAAGAUCGUUAACAGGUAUGUAGCGCUCGAGCUAACAGCCAACGUUAUUACUGUCUCCCUCACUGAAUAGUUAAAUCGUCCGCUAUCGGGUGCAAAUCUUCUCUUUCAACUUGGUCGCUCAUAUCAACUUUUCUGGUCGACCAAUUCGGAUUAUAAACUCCCAGAUUCUUCCUAACAUGACGAUGUGAGGUCCAGAUGACGCAUUUUAUAUAUGCAAUGUCCUUUCGAGGGCGAAGACUCUGUAAAUACAGUAGGCGGGCUAACCCAUGAAAUGUCAACCAAAAUUCCGAAAUACGUUUUUCUUUCAAAAAAAUUAAUGAAGUAAAGUUGUAAAACUAGUCAUUCAGCAACAGAAUUCUAUAAUAUUUCAGUUAUCUCAGGAUGUCGACUUUCGAAUGAAUUUCCUUCCGGCUGCAUGUAAUAACUAAACUCUGCGAAAAUGACUACUUCAAUGACAUGCAAUUUUCUCAUUGAUUUUCGAGGCCCCUAAAAGUCCAAUUAUAUUUCACUCUUUUGCACACUCUAGGUUUAUACCCAUUGGAGGGAGAUAGUUCGGUUUUAAAAAAGUUUCUACUUGUGGGACUUUUAAAUACCGUGAAAUUGCCGUUCGCAAAUCGUCAUGUCUCUGCAUUUACCAAUGUUGCCCAUAAAUUUAACGAUAUGGAUCAAAUCCACUGCUAAAUUUUAUGAACCCUAUAUGGUCCCACUUUGUUAUCGUAGAGAAAUGUGUGGUUUUCCGUACGCGGAAAAUAUACGGCUUGUAGUUUGAAAAUCCUGAAUCCAAGUGCAGCGAUAGCGCGGUUUCAAAAUUAUCCGGGAAUUGGAAAUUGUUGAAAACCGAGUUCUGCCCUUCCUUCGAGUAAAAAAUUGGAAGAAGACGUAAUUGUCUACCGAAUGAGCGAAAGAAUGAUUAUUUUUCUGCAUGUUUUCCAUGAAACAUAAUUGGACUUUUAGAUGCAUCGAAAAUCAAUGAGAAAAGUGCAUGCUACUAAAGUAAUCAUUUUUACAGAGUUUAGUUUUUGCAUGUAGCCGGAAGGAAGUUCCUUCGAAAGCCGGCAUCCUGAGAUAACUGAAAUAUUAUAGAAUUAUGUUGCAGACUGACUAGUUUUACAACCAUACUUAAUUAAUCUUUUUGAAACGAAAACGCAUUUCCGAAUUUUGGUUGACAUUUCAUGAGUUAGCUCACCUACUGUAAUGACAGGAGUAUUGCGUUAAUCGAAGUUUCCGAUUCCGGGGUGGAAUCCACGAGUGUCUAUUAGCGCUAGAGCACGCUCAGUUUGAAGGGCCUCGCUUGUAGUUAAAUCCCGACAGUCAGUCAAUAAGACGAUAACACUAUCGACAGUGUGUAAAGGAAAGCUGCAAUUCACAUCUACGGCCACAUCAGCUGGCCACAAGAUCCACCCGAGGCCUAGCGAGAGCGAAGCUGUUGGUCGGGACCAGCCGGCAGUCGAGCAGCCGGGAAAAAAACGCCUCACUGCUUAAACCACUGCUGCUCGAUCGAUUGGCUGCUGCUGCUGCUGCUGCUGCCGGGACUGUCCAGUCCUCCAGAGGGUCAUUGCGUCACUGCAUUCCAGCGGCAGAACUAUGUUGACACUGUAGCUUGGACUUUAGCCACUGGCGUUCCUUUCCAUUCUGGCUAUUGCUUGGAUGAACUGAAAUCGGCAAGGACUCUUGCUAUGUCGCGUAUCACAAGCAGCCCGAGGGUCGGCGCACAAUAGUGCAGUGCCUGCCUCAACUUGGCUUCCCUCUUCUGCUUAGCACUCAGGCAGACCAGUCUCCCGGUAGGUGGGUCACGUUCACGCAUUACGUCGGGGUCACCAAUGUAGUUCAUCCCCUAUCUCAAGUUCCCAGGUUUGUGUCUCUGGCCAUGUUCUGUGUCGAGUCUCAACGCUCAGCGGACCGGCCUGGGAAUCAAAAUAAAAUUGGGGAGGGGGGGGUCAAGUUGAGACAAAAAUGCCACUUUUACACUCCAACCGCCAAGUUUUUCGUGAUAUGAAGCAAUAGUUUGUUGUCUCUGACUCCAGGUUAGUCAAACACGGACCAGAACGGAAAAGACCGUAAGGGAGUUAAAGGUCAGGACAUAGACCCCACAGGUGAACUUGGGCGAAUCCGUUUGGAUAUAUAGCCCCGAUGGAGGUCCCGCGCUGGCUACGAAGAAUCCGGAUUUUUAAUCACUUUAACUGCCGUCCAAAGUUCUCCGGAGUUAAUAAUUCACUCUGUUUGUCUUAUUUUAGAUAAAGAGUCAAGAUGCAGUUGAUGUGGACUUUGGCAGCUGGCUUCCUCUACUGUGAAGUACUUGCUGUUACCUUUCUACUGCUCCCGUUUGUAUCGGUGCAACGGUAAAGUCCCACGUUUUUGAAAUGCGGAUGCUAUUUUUCUAUAUCAACGUACUCUCAGGCAUGUCUUGGAUCUUCGGUUCGGAUAUUUUGCAUGCCAUAAAAAAAUCUUGACUAAAUGUCCUGGUGUGUUGAUCAGAUUUCCGAUGAAUUCAUUUUGAUAUUUGUAAUAUAUAGCUCGGAUGCCUCCUCUAGAUCACAAGUGCCAUAAAAAUCAGACAUUCAGGGUGGUUGAGAUCUCGACAAACCUGGUCUCAAAGGGAAAAGGCUAACGACAGCGGUCUAUAUCGGGGAUAUGAAGGAUAGUGUACCUAAACGGCGGUGAAAAUGCGAUCUCCGUGUCAAAUGCCGGAAGAGAGCAAGGCAUUGCGCGACAUUUCAAAUUGAAAUAGAGGUUAUCUGUUGCACGUUUGUAACGGUGGACAGCAAAUAUGCUCCCUGUUUCUCCCACCCCCUCCCCUGGGUUACUGCCUGCCCCCCCCUUCUGGUGGUUUCUCGUGGGAUGUGAUAAGCGUGUUCAUUGGCCCCCUCGUCUCCACUCGCGCAUCUCUGCGCCGAUGGCUCUUCGCGUACGCCGAGGGACGCUCCCGUCCACGACCAGUCUACUCACCCAUCCGCGGUCUAAUUAUGUUCCAUGCCGUGACUCACGAAUAUGCAUUUCGGUGUGACCAUGUAUCAUGUGACAAUCAGCUGAAGACGCAUGCGAGCUUACUCACACAUGCAGGCGCCCACUGUCGCGCAAGCCACGCGCUGAAAGAGCGUCGUAAGUUUUACGCGUCCGGUUUAUUCUUGCCGAAGCCGGUACCCCGAUUAAGACGACAGUCCUUGGCAGACAUCACCCGCCCGUUUAGUCUUUUUCACCACCAUCCGGGCUCGACUCUAGAUUUUGACCACCGCAGUAGAAAACCUAGUCUACAGAACCCAUUCUGAUGGAUAGCUCAUUUUGUAGGCUGCCAUAUGUCGGUAAGUUAAAUACACUAUGGCUAACCUGUUCAUUGGUUCAUAUUACGAUUCACAGUCAUACUCACGAUCAUCAUCAUUAGAAGCAGCUACUGAUAAGGGGUUUACAGCAUUUACAGAAUGCAGUUUCCGUGCCAGUUCCUAGCUAUGAAAGUUAGCGGGUCCCACAUCCGUCACAGAUGCUCGUGCCUGACACACUGGCUGCUUGGUCGUCCGCGGCCGAGUCGGGAGUUGGCGUGGUUCAGUCACCAACGCUGAUUAUCAGCGUCUUACUAGCUGGACAAUAUUGUUCACGAAUACUGUCAUUGUCAGCUCGCUCGCUCGCUGCCUCCAUCCCUCCCCAUUAAACUGAUAACUCCGUUCCGACUCUGUCCGUUCAGCUUUGGAAUUAUUCGGGUAUUGAGAGGGACUUUUAACAUCGAAAGAUACGUUUUGAUCAAGUCUAAAAUUUGAAGACAUGACUAACGACUAAGUGUGCACAGGAAAGGGAAUUUUGUACGUGAUCUAUAUAUAUAAAAAUGGAAGGAUUUUUUUUCUGUGUUAUAUCUAAUCUCCGAAAGUACUGCACCGAUUGCGCUGAAAUUUGGACACAACCCGACCCGCGCAUAGGGCCGGGUUUUUGGCUGUUCAGUUGUGUAAUUAUGACGAUGGUAUGCCUGUGAUGAGUAAAAAACUGGAAAUUUUCCGGCAUAACAACGCCACCAGCUGCGGCCACUUGACCUACAUCCGCACGGACGCAUGUGCGCCCAGACUGCGGCCACUUGACCGACAUUCGCUCAAACGCACGUGCUCCGCCCGACAUCUGCACUCACCCACCCUGCGGACACUUGAGCAUGCCUUCCCCCCCCCCCCACCCCACCUGGGCCGGUAGGCAAAUCACCCACCCUGCAGCAAAAAACACGCAACACUUGGACGCCACUUAAAAUUGUCUCACAGUCCACAUAAUAAGGCCGUCACCGCUGCCUCGGGUAUUCUUGGGGGUGAGGACUGGAUGCAAUUAACACCAGACCCUCCCCCCCGCACAACUUACAUAAAGGGGCUGUCACCCAAUGCCAGCUCAGUGUCGUGCAGCACGGCUUGCGGUCACGGCUACCGCGUUCUGCAGCUUCAGGCCUGCUUCGUUCACAACAGAAUGAACACUACCAGCUGAGAGUGGCCGAAUGGCGCCUGUGCGGAACAGCAGACCAGCGUCCAACACGCCUUCGUGCUCAGCAUUCACGCUGCGUGAAUGCUGUUGUAAACGACGGUACGACAACAACCGUUGGAAAACUAAUUAUUUUAGGGCAAGGUGAUAACAUAUAUACCGGCUGUCGGAGACCGAUUCCAACGCAGUAUCCAUUUCCUUUUCGGGAUGGUGCCGAUAGAUAUCACCUCAACGUUGAGCUGAUAAAUCCAACGCACAUGAAAUGCAGCGCAAUGAACCACUACUCCUACCUAUUUAUGGUUCGACUGAAUGUAGGUAAUCCCCCUUUUGAAAUGCCGUAAAUUUUUUCAUCACUGCAUUGUGGAUAUAAAUGCAAAAAUCGAAACUGAACGCCUGUUUUACCUUCGCUUGAAUCAGAAUAAGCUGCGCUCUGAAGACUAUAUUCCUUUGCAUGAUGCAGUUGUAAAUGACGGUAACACAGAUAAAGUUGUAAGACUAACGCUUUUGUCGUCCACAUACACAGACAGUCCACGCCAUAUGUCCGAGUACGCUCGAGGUGCAAUUGCUUACGUUUGUCAGUACGGACGUCCAGACCUACUCAUUACAUUCACAGGCAAUCCAGCUUGGGGGAUAUUUAUCAGCUCUUACCUCCAGGGUUAUCGGCAGUAAAUAGGUAUAACAUCACAGAACGUGUUUUUGGGAAGAAACUGCAAUCGCUGAUGAACUUCAUGGUGAAACACGAGGUGGUUGGGUCUGUGCGCUGCUGGAGGUAUUAGGUGGAAAGGCAAAAGCGGGGACUGCUCCAUGCACAUGUCCUGAUCUGGCUCUAUAACAAGAUCGCUUCCAACUAAAUCGACGACGCAAUAUGCGCCGAAUUACCUGAUAUCGACGUUGACAAUGAUUUGCAUGAAGUUGUGACGAAGAAUAUGAUACAUGGACCUUGGAUGCACUGAAUCUCAAUUCUCUAACCCCCCCCCUCUCCCGGCAUGAAAGACGGAAGUCCCUUAUACCAAAAAUGAUCAGCGGAAGACAUCGGAAAAUUGGCAACCGUACGAAUGCGAAUCGGUGACAUAGAAGUCGGUAACCGCUGGGUUGUUUCGUAUUCGCCUUUGCUUUUAAAAGUAAAACGCAGCUCACAUAAACGUGGAACACUGCAAUUUUGAGAAAUGAAUUAGGUACAUUUGUGAGUACGUGAAUAAAGGCAACGGCAUGGCCGUUUUCGGCCUGCAACACGAAAGGAAAUAAAGGGAUGCGGACACACAACACAAUGAAAUCGCACAGUAUUGGGCUGGAAGAUGCGUCAACGGCAAGAAAUCCAUGUGGCGAAUUCUUUCAUUCCCUAUCCAUGUGCGAAGUCCAGGUGCUGUUCACUUGCGGUACAGUUAGAGAAUGGGCAAUGCGUUUACUUUACCGAUGCAAAUGCGCGAAAGGUUGCCUUAGGUCCACUGGCAACAACAUUAACUGCGUUCUCCACGUUAAGCCAAAGUGACGCGUUUGCGAAAACACUGCCGCAUUCGGAAGUGCCUUCGUAUUACACAGGGAAUGUGUGUAUAAAAUCAUCCGAACAACGCAAACGAGGAGAGCGACUGGACGGACACGCCGGCAUACUCAAAGGAACUGCGAUAGGCAGACUGCAUACCGCGCAUUCCAAUCUUACUUCGCAUGGUGUUGAUGAAUGUGCCACGUCCAACGUCUUUCCAGCAACUGAAAUCUGUCAACGGCGCUACGCAUGCCACUUUCAGCAGUGCGUGUCAGGCUCUUCAGUUACUGGAGAACGAUCAACAGUGAGACGUAUGUAUUAAUGACGCCUGCAACACGUCCCAUCCACAUCAAAUUCAUGCAUUGUUUGCAGUCAUAUUGAUCGUAUUCUCACCUUCAUCUCCAACAGAUUUACCGGAGAAAUAGAAUUUGCAGAUGGCUUGCAAUCAAAACAUUCACAAGCUAAGACUAAGGCAGAAUGACAUUUACGACCAAAUACUGCGGAUUGUCAAUAACGGGGUUGGAGGAAACUUCUUCCUAUAUGCGCCAGGAGGGACUGGCAAAACGUUCCUACGACGACCGAUUCUGACGGCCGUUCGAUCCAAUAAAUGACAUAGCCCUUGCACUUGCAUCCCCGUAAUAGCUGCAACUCUGUUACCUGGCAGAAAACCCGUUCAUUCAGCUUCGAAAUUGCCUUCGAAGUCGCAAUUCAUUGAAACCCCUGCGUGUAACAAUUCCAAAGCAUCCGGCAUGGGAAAAGUACUGCAGAAAUGCAAACCUAUUGUUUGGGAUGAAUGCACAAUGGCGCAAAAAAGCGCUCGAGGCCCCUGAUCGAACACUGCAGGAUUUGCGAGGAAACAGCAGACCAUUUCUGAUGCACUGCUACUGCCCGCAGGAGACUUCAGGCCACCACUGCCUCGAUCGAAACCGGGGGACGAAAUAAAUGCCAGCCGUCACCACUUACUGCGGAAAUCUCGAGCGCGGCUGAGUGCAGCAAACAAUUGCCCUGUCUUCGACAGCGGCUAGAAGGACAAUCUUGGGUUUCGCACACAAUACGUACCGCCAACCGGCGGCCCUUACAUUUUUCUUAAUUGGGAACGUGCUCCUUCCUCCUUCCCGUAUUUCCCAAUUCAUCAGUUUGAGCCACAGCAACGCGUGGCGGGGUCCGGCUAGUUUUUUCAUAAAAUGGUCAGCUCGCGUUUCGUAGCCUUACCUGCAGUUGACAAACCCCAGCCUAACCCCAACCUCUAACCCUUGCCCCUAACCCCUAGCCACAACCCUCACCCCUAACCCCAACCUCUAACCCCUAACCUCAAUACCUAACCCUAACAACUAAUCCUUACCCCUUACAGGUACGGCUACGAAGUAAGAUCUCACCCAUAAAAUGAAGUUGCAUUACAGGAGCAUUAUUAAAAAGUGUACAUCACCUAUUAAGCAUGCGAAAUGUCGUAUGAGACACUACAACAGUAGCAAUUACUUUCAAUUUUGAAAUGAGGGUAGGAAAAUCGCCCAGUAUUUUCCGAACGAUCUAGUAUUCAUUAGCUAAUGUCGCCCAUAAAUAUGCAUGGUGUAGUAAAUCUAGGUUUCCUAAACCUAAAACAACAGCAAACAUUUCAGGUAUUAAACGAACAUUGCAAUCUGAGUCGAGCAUUCAGUAAUCUAUACCAGUAUAUGCUUUCGGAUGGCGUUUUAAAUUAAGAAUUAAGAGUCGAACGUGGGAAUAAGGACUUCCCACAUGUAUAGAUGGCACUGAGAUGAAUUCCAGGGGGUAUCGAUUCUCGUGUCUUAACUGAACCCUAGCCCUAACCACAAUUAUAACCAUCGGGGAAAUUAGCGCAAAGCCACCUGCAAUAUUGGGAGGGAGAAGUACCUAUUCAUGUGCCCUUUUAGAACUAGUAAUUAUUAUAUAUCAGGGCUAGAUGUAUUUUCUUCAAUUCGUAAAUGCGUUUUUAUUUUCAGCUGGAACGCCAUUUUCAAUUCGCGCGUUUCUACAAUUAUAUACUCCAAUGGAUCAUUCUACUUUAAUGCCCGCUUGGUCCUACUCAUUGCACUGCUUAUUGGUAAGCAAUUUUCAUAAAAUGUUAUGACGCUUAUGAGUUACGUUGCGGAAAAAACAGCCAAGUAGGUGAUAAACCGCAACAAUCAGGUGAAAGGCGACGAAUAGUGCCUUAUGGGGAAGUAGAAAAAACAAUAUCACCUACUUAAUGCAGAUAAGUAGCAAAUGGUCUAUUCAUCAACUCUGUAAUAUAAGUCGCCUAUUUUGAGAAAACGCAGUCGCUAGCGGUGCCCAUAUGACCCGAAGAUGUUUGCUACGAGAUCGGAUGGGUCCAAGAAAUUAGGAAAUUUCUAGAUUUUGGUCAGUAAUUCAGGCUGUCGACUUCCGUAAAAUCUUUCACAAUGUCCGUCCCCUCGAUCAGAGGUGUACUUCUGUUUGCUCCUAGUAAGUACCCCAUGCACGCGGAAACACUGUUGGCCGAUGACGCUGGUUAAUCUGACGUGAGGGGUUCAGCAACAUAUCCACUUACUCGUAUCUUCGAGUCCAAUUUUUUCAACUUAAUUAUUCCUACGUUGUUCUCGUGAAAUGAUCUUGUUUUUUUUCAGAAAGCAUUAGGAAAAUGUGGCUGAACAGUACGGCACUGUCGGAUUUAAAAAGCCACCCAGAGGGCUUCAAUACUGAGACAGAAACCAUCUUUCUGAACCGUCUGUUCAAAUCCCAGCGGAAUCUCUACAUCUGCGCUCUCGCGCUCUUCCUCUGCUUGUGCGUAAGCCAAAGUAAAAUGCAUCUUUUUUUCUGUAACUCAGCACUUGCAAUCGACAAAGAUAGGGGAGAGCUAAAUAGCCAUUCGUAACUUCUUUUUCCUAAUUAGGCGGUCCUAUUACGAGCUCAGAUGUCGAACCUUUCAGUCUGCUGACCGCCCGAUUGACAUGCGGGCGCAAAUCCCGUCGGACAUGAGGGUGCCUACGCAGAAUCAGGUGGAGGUGGCAUUUGACAAUCCAAAUUGACUGAUGGACGUGAAUGGCUCUUUCCAUUCUGUCCUUGGAGCUUCAACCAAGGACCCUUGUUUGCAAUUAACAAGCUUGUUAGCUUAUUAACAGUAAUCAGUCUGAUACAGGCGAAGAUGCGAGUUCCAGGAACUAGUUGAUCAGAAGAAGAAAAGGCGAUCGCUUAAACAGGGACUUUAUGCACCUGACGUUUCGGAUUCUCACUUUAAUCCAUCAUCAGAGACAGUGGCGGAAAAGGGUGACUUGUGCACAGGAAGCUGCAGCAUUUAUAGGAUGCAGUUGCUAUGCCAUCGCACACCUAUAGCAAUUAACCGCGCUCCCCGUCAUCAAGGAUUGUUGCCCGCUGGUGCGUUAAUGGCUUGAUGGCCGGCAUGCCAGUUGUUAAUUGCCGAAAUGGCAUCACCCGUGUUGGAUGCUGGCGUGAUGAUUGCUCGGCCAUCUGGCUCACCGGCGACAGGACCUAAGCCGGCAAUGGGGCAACCAGCACAGCCAAUGAAAACGCGGAUGAUAAUUGCACUUCAGCGAUCGUCUAUCUCUAGGUCACAGGUUGGAGUCAAUUUCUAACUCCGAGAAGCGAGAGGGCGGUUAUGUCGACGCCACCCACUUCUCUGUAGCAUCCAGUGCAUGACCUUUAUAGAUCAAUACAUUACAUUAGCCGAUGUUAAUAUCGCGGUAGUUUAAGCCGAAGGCACCAGGACCUGAAGACCCGGCUCCGAAUGCAAAGACAAGACGCUGGACGCUAGUUAAGGGAAGAUUGGAGCGCCAGUUUAAAUAAGUUGGUGCCUGGACGAGAUAACAGGCCCCGCGACUCAGGUAACAAUGAGGAAUGAGUCAAAGCACCUUGAGUUAGAGUACGCCUGAGUCGGCAUUGAAGAUGGUUGGCUGAUUUAGACAGUCGUGAUUGGCCGAGAACCAGACUGUCACUGAUGCGCAAGGGCCAUCACUCGCGUCGCAACAGGUGUCUGAAGUAGGACCAUUAGAAGUAUACUAAAGUAUUGUAUGAAACCGGGACAACAGAAGCUUGCCUUUUUUCGAUGGAGAAAACCGCGCACUGAUAUUACAGAACAUUUAUUAAGGGAAAUAUGGUUUCCAUGAGGGGAACUUCUUCCUCAGCCUAUUUAUAGUGCUAUAUAUUAUAUACUUAUUGCAUACUAUAUUAUAUAAUUAUAUAUUGCGAUAUAUUAUUAUAUGUAUUAUAUUAUAUAAAUUAUAUAUUAGGUAUUGGGAGCCAGUCAUCACAAGAAAUAUAAUUUGAAGAUGGCCGGUUCUUUGGAAAAUGUAAGAACUUUAUUAGUAAAUUUUCGAAGCUGGUUCCUCAGCUUGUCGUCAGACUUUUGGGCUAUGUACGAAAACAGUUAGCUAUUUAAACCAUAUCGAACAAAUGAUUCUGUGGUUGGCCGACGUCUGCGCCAAUGCGCGUCAGUGAUACUUCUUCAACCCCUCGGCAAUGGAUGCGCUCGCCUUCAUUUGUCUUUGAGAAAUAUGUACGUGGAAUCUAGGUUGAUAGGCCGAUUGAUGCAUGACUCAUCUGAGUGCAUUACCUCCAGGAAUUCUCGGUCUUUCCUUAUUGGGCAGGCGCCAAAAAUGCGAGUGAUCUCCCAGGCAAACCGGUGUCCGGUGUCCAGUGUGUGCAUAGCCACCUGGGACAGACGAUCUCGUCUCUUCACCACUAACUGAUGCUCAUGUAUACGGGUUGAGACACAUUUCCCGGUCUGGCCACAAUAGACGACAUAACAACUGGUACAUGGGAUCUUUUAGACAAAACCUUUUCUAUCGAGACAGCCAACCCUAUCCUUAGGGUGUACAAGCUGUGUAGGCAAGGUGGUUGUAUUUUUGUGUGCUACUUGUAUCUGAUGUUUUUUCAGCUGUCCUUCGACAAGCUCAGAUACAUUUUUCACGUAUGAGAGAGUUCGCCAGGUGAGUGUUUUUGGUGUCUGGGUGGUCGAACCAAAACGCACUGUUCUGAUGAAGAAAGUCACCAGGCAGACAUGAAAUGCCUCUUUGAAUUAUUUUCCCACAAGGGGUGCCCGCGCAACUUUGUGCGCCAUUGCAUGAAGCAUGAGUUUAAACACAAAGUUAUUUCAAACAACACGGCCAACCACGCAGACUUCGGUCAACCACAGAAUCACUUGUUCGAUACGGUUUCAAGAGUUAACUGUUUUUGUACAUAACCCAGAAGUCUGACGACGAGCUGGGGAAGCAGUUUCGAAAAUUUACUAAUAAAGUUCUUACUUUUCCCAAAGACCUUGCCAUCUUCAAAUUAUAUAUUAUAUAUCGUGUUCACCAUCUCCCGAAGAAUAAUAAGAAGAAGAAGAAGAGAGGGCGAAUUCAUGGACCAUAUUGCAUUUGAACUGACGUUUUGGAGACUUCCUCGUUUCACUCAUCAGUGUAGUGUGCUUGUUGCUCCUACUCUGAUGACAGAAACGAGAAAGUUUCCGAAACGUCAGUUCAAAUACAAUAUGGCCCAUGAAUUUGCCCCUCUUCUUCUUCUUUUUCAUCGGGAAAUGGUGAACGCGAAACAAUGCCUGGACCUCAAACCUUUACGCAUAUUAUGUAUAUUAUAUUAUCAUAAAUGAUUAUAUCUUUCAAUAUUGUAUUAAUCUAAAUUUUAAAUGACGGCGUUCGUCCCCGAUUUCGUAGUCAGUAGAUACGAAUAUCACCGAGAAGUGAGUUUAAAGAGUAAAUUACGGUCGUGCUUUCCUAAAGUUAGACGUCUCUGCUCGUCAUUCCCGCCAAAAACACUUUUAACUACCCUGGAGUGUCAACAGAAGCGAAGAGGUGGGUCCCAGGAAACAGUUGUAAGGAAGGAGAUACGAUCGCUGGGACAAGAACUUUGUUUGCCCGACGUUUCGGAUUCCUGCUCGAAUCCAUCAUCCGAAAAAAUAGCAGAUACGGGUGCUAUUACCUGCCAUUGUUCCUGAUGAUGGGUUCGAGCAGGAAUCUGAAAGGCCAGGCGAAUAAAGCUCUUGUCCCAGCGAUCGUAUCGCCUUUUUUACCCUGGAGCGUGUCAGAAAGAUAGGCUAAAAUCCCCUGUGGCCACCCAUUCUUCCCAUUUAUGUCCAGGAAUACGUACUUUCACUUCUAUCAACCGGCUAAGCUUUCACAAUCAGCACUAACUCGGUCGGAUCUUAUUUCAUACACGUACCUGCAGUAGGCAACCCCUAACUCCAACCUCAAACCUCUGAUCUCUAACACCCAACAGGUACGGCUAUGAAGUAAGAUCUUGCCAUGCAACUCUUAUCUGACUGUAGACGCCGCCGCCACUAAAACCACCACUGCCGUCUUUCAGCCAUCAUUCGCGAUCCUCCACACUUCUCAACACAACGCGCGUGACAAGCAUAACAAGCCAUCGUAAUUUCCAUCUUGAAAAAGCGGACUCAAGACAACUAACACUUUGAUUGACCUUUUAGGAAACGUGCAUAUUUCAUCUGAUGAAAUUGUGAAAACCUCAGAGAGCUCUACAGGGGUUUAAAUCCGCGACAGCGAGUACAAAGCCUGCGUAAAGCCAACACGUACUAAUUAAGUGGGUCCGGUGGUCGUCUGGCCGUCUCUAGAUUAAUUGAUUGAGAAAUCCUGCUCGCGCGGUCAGCUUACUGCAUUCUAAUUAGUGGAUUCUAUACCUUGCAGUGGUUUAAGGCAAGUAACUUGACACAAAUGUGACUAGACUCAUGGCUCCCGGUCGACGCCCGUGUCUUAGGUGAAAUGUAUUUCGGUUGUGCACGAGUCCCGCACUCGCUGCCGCCAGUUCGGAACAUCGUUCAGGCCGCAGUUUUUCUUAGCAGUUUGGCCAGACAAAAUAGCGCAUUCGCGAUGCAACCGAAUUCAUCCAUGGGACCUAGUUGCGGGCUGACUUACGAUUUCGAUUUGUCAUGGGAGCUGGUAAGGCAACGAGGAACCAGUGGUCGAAAGUUUUCCCUCCAACGACCGGAGCGGCAGUUUCCGGUUUUCCGCCCUCAUCAAACGGCCAGACCCCAGCAAGUCUGGAAAGCUGAUCCCGAGUUCCGUUGCUAUAGGGUGCAAAUAGCCAGCAGCUGCACUACCGGUCCAUGGUCUUUUGGGUACAGAAAAUCUUGCUGCGACGACAUCCUUCGCUCAGACAAGGGGUCCAGGACGGCUACCGCAGUCUGCUUUGUUUUUGUUUAUUUUGCACUUUUUAACAUGUUCUAAGGAGAUGGCCUCUACUUUUUGUGGUCAUGCAUGAACUAGCACACAGUCCAAAGUCUUGCUCUUUUCUUACAGCGUGAUACACCGUCUGACGAAGCUCAUUGCUGACCAGGCUCGCAUGUUAGCUGAUCAGCAGACAUCCUCGGAGAUGCCGAACUUCGGAAGCCCUAAAUCCGUCAGUUCCACCUCAGGAAGGAGGAAAGUCGCCAAGGAGCAAUCAUUGGUAGGUCCAAAACAGCCUGACUUGAAACUUAAAUACCUGGAGUAGGUGGGUUAACUCAUGAAAUAUCAACCGAAAUUGCUAAAUGCGUUUCCGUUUCGUAAAGAUUAAUUAAUUAGAUUUGUAAAGCUAAUCAUCUUGCAGUAUAAUUCUCUAAAAUGACUCCGUUACCUCAGGAUGCCGGCUUUCGAAUUAACUUCUUUUCAGAUGCAUACAAAAACUAUACGAAAAAUCACUACCUAAGUAGCACGGAUUUUUCUCUUUGGUUUUCGAUGCCCUAAAAAAUUCAUUUACAUUUCGUGGGAAACAUUCAUAAAAAUAUUCAUUCUUUUGCUCAUUUUGAAGAAAAUUUUAAAUUUAAAAUCUCUUAAUACCGUAAAAAGGCCGUCCAUAAAAGUUCUGUCUCUGCAUUUACGAAUGUGGCUCAGAUUCACUGCUAAAUUUUAUGAAACCCAUACGGCCUCCUCUUAAUACCGUAGAGAAAUAUGUGGUUUUCCCCACGCGGAAAAUAUACGGCUUGAGGGAGUGGGCGAGGCCCCCUCCCUCCUACCGGCGUAUUAGCAGUCGAUCUACCGAAGCGGCCUCUGAUUGGUUACUUUAUGAUCUUUUGAGUGGUUGCCAUAGUGCGACCACUGCCAAUUCUUUCGAUGUUGCUUUACUUUACGAAGCCAAAGUAUCCGGUGUGCGCUUAGGCUUGCGUGCUUAUGCAAUUUCCGGCAAAUUAGUCGAUGGAGACAUCAAAAACUGAUGAAGUUUUCUUUUAAAACAACGUCUGUUUUGCUGAAAAGACGGUAAACUACCACCUCUUCGCGGAAAAUUGUCAAAAAGUCUGCUUCCGCGGAAGGAAGGACCACAGGAGAAAAGUACUUUUGAUUUUACUCCUGCAAGUUUUCCUAAAGUGGUCAUAAUUUAGGCUGGAGGGGGGAGCGUGCAACGGAAUUCGAAUUGUGGCAGACAAAUCCGUUUCUCAUUCAUAAUUACAAUGCACCAUCUCUUCCUGAUUCUAGACCAGAUCUGACAACUCAGAGGACGAAAUCACCAAAUUAACGGAACAGAUUGCAGUCGCACAGGAAGGUAAGUUUCAUAACUCCACUGCAAAGUUGGAUUUAUUGCAAAGCGUUUGGAACUUGACGAGGAGUCAUUUGACCUACAAAGUUGAUACGAGCGGGUAAAGAAAUGAGAGAGUGGGAUGGCCAUUUCUGGCUUUUUAGCCGUCGGUAAUCAGCUAUGCCCAACCCCAGGUUUACGGGAUCUGAGAUUUGAAGCCGGACCCUCUGGUUAUGGAGCGUUAAGUAGCCCAAAGUUUCGCCCUUAAGUCAGGGACCCGUUGUCUCCUCAGUUGUGAUCGUGAAUAUUAACUGUGGCGAAGGAAGCUCGCCGUUCAGGUUACGGUUAGUAGUUGUCGCUUUUCACCUUUUGGUGCAAUCUAGAGCCCUCGCGGACAGUCGCACUGCGACUAGUCUUUGUCGGCGCGCCCCAUCACUGCAUAAGCAUUACUAGUCGUUAUGAAACUGCCCCCGAAGACUCUAGACCGGUCUCCAAGGUACACCCGGGCAUUCACUUCCUGUAGCCUGAUCUACCAACGCCCUUCCACCAUAGAUAAUGUUGCACAAAUGCAACAUGCCUAUUUACUCAUGAUUAAUUUACCUCCCAGUCCUACUUAUGUUUGCAUGACAGAAAAGAAACUCGCGGCAGCUGAGCUGAAGGAAGCACGGCUACAGACAGCUCAACUUGCCAGGGAAUAUGCAGAGGUCGCGGAAAAGUUUGAGGCUCUCAAGGUAGGUAGCAGGAUCGAUUUCAUGUGAAUUUGUACAUUUUAUCGCAUUUUGUUUUGUAGAUGGCACUGCGGUCUCUUUCUGGUGCUUCUGUUGGUCAGUAA